AUGUGUAAUGUGCGAAAACUUGAACAAUUUCAAGGAUCGACACCCUCACCCACACCCUCAAGAUCGCAACUGAUCUAUUUAGGCAAUAUUUCUGAUCGACAACAAUCAAUCAUUACGCAUGGAGAUUAUUUUGCUUACGGUGGUGGAGGUAUUCUUCUUAGUCGUACAUUAGUUGCAUAUCUGUUGCCAUGGAUCGAUCAAUGUCAAAAGAAAUAUUUAACAUCGUUUGGUGGCGACGAGAUGAUUGGACGUUGUGUCACUGAAUAUCUUCAUUUAAAUCAAACACAAAAUCCACAUUUCCAUCAAGUUGAUCAUCAAGGUGAGCUACGUGGUUAUCUUCAAAGUGGCAUUAAUUGUUUAAUUUCUCUUCAUCAUAUGUUUGCAUAUUGGCAACCAUUUCCUGUUCGACACACUUCUAACAAAAGUCAAACAAUGUCAUUGUUAUCUCUAGGCAAGCAAUGA